AUGCUCUCCGUUGUUGUGGCUUAUCAAAUUUGGGUGGACGUACGGAAGAUGCUGCCCCUUCCAUUUCUCAACGGCGUGAGUGGGCCCUGCCUGCCUAUGGCACUACCUGGCGAAGCACAUCUCCUAGGUUUCUUCGUCGCCCCUCUCCUUUUCGACACCAUCAUCACCGUCAUGACUCUCGUGAGGACCAUCAUGAUACGUCGGAGGAACGGACCUUCUGGUCAUUUGAUCCAAGUCUUUCUCAAAGAAGGCUUCAUGUACUUCGUCCUGAUCUCCAGUGCCAACCUGCUCAAUGGCAUGUUCUAUCUACAACGUAAUAGCGAGAUGUCAGCGAUCAUGAUCCCGUUGAGCAUCAUGCUCGGCCCACUGCUCGCUUGUCGUAUGGUGCGUACUGGCCUUACUGCUGUAGUCAUUGUGCUCAACUAUUCCCUGGGCCAUCAGAUCAUCGACUUGCGCAUACGUGCGCAUGACGGGUCUAUCAAUAUACCCAGAAUUUCCCGGCCGACCUCGGGAACAGCGUGCGCGCGAAGCGACCACGCCAGGCCCGUUGAAGAGCGCGAGUCCGCACCACGUUCGAACGUCAAGCGCUUACCGGAUGUGGAUCUUCCGUCCAUCGAGCUCAGCGACUUGUCGGUUGACGACCCGGAGCGCAAGUCGGAGUCAUCAGUCGUUGCGCAAGCAUACCAUUCAGUUCGUCUCCCUCUCGGACAAGCCUCUGCUGAGGACGUUCAAGGCGACGAGGAGACAGGAUACGCCGUUAUGUGA